UCUCAUAAACCCCAUUUAGCUGUUCCUGUUAAACCCUAAUCAGGUGGAAGCCAUGAAUCCGAGUUUGAUCAGAAAUUUCUCGUCCAUCGCUCGCAAUCUCCUCGUCAAAUCCCCAUCUCCUACUCAGUCACUCGCUCCGGUUGCUGUUUCAGCUUCAAACGGCUGUAAAUUGAGGCAUUACUCGACCGAGUUCGACUCCACCGAUGAAUCGAGCUCGACCGCCGCUCGGCCCCUGGAGGAAGCUUCUUCCUCCGAUGUCGAUGAUGUUACCGAAGAAGAGCUAAAGAGGAGGAUUCAGAAGUUUUACGAAGGCGACGUCGAGGCCAUUCCAUCCAUCCUCGAGGGAAUCCUGAAGCGUAAGUUGGCGGGAAAGAACGAUGAGGACUUGAUCGAACAGCUUCCCUGUGAUACCAACCGCGGGGGUGCAGACUCUGAGAGUGAUGAUGAAGAAGACAUUUGAUUAACAGGAUUUGAUCCUUCACUCACUCUCGAAUAAUAUAAAGUGAUCAUGAAAGCCGGAGGGGGUUCUUAGAUACGAUGUUCGAUUUUGAGCUCAUCACGUUACGGCUUGCGAGAAUUGCUCCCGGACAAAAAUCGGAAUGUUCUUUUAUGAUGUGGGUUCUUAUGUAUUAAGAAUCUAUGCAAAAUCAUUGUUUUUUGCGAGUUCUACAAUAUAAAGUUGAGAUAUUUUUCCUCAGCACGUUUAUUAUCUUCUUGUUCCAUCUUUGAAAGCAUGGAAGACUUAUUAGUUAUCGGUAGACGACUUUCUUGAGGCGUGUUAAGUAAUCGAUCGUACAGAAAGCAUCUGUAAGUCAUUUUUAUUCCCCAGAGAGGUCUCAGGAACAAGUUGGUAAAGGUAAAUAUGCAGGAAAAGAGAGGCUAAGAAAGAAGAAAGUAAAGCGAACGAUGUGGGGCGGUGAGCGAUAAGAUUAUCAUAUCGACAAAAGCGGCUGAAAUGGAAUCGAACAGAGCACGCAAAGUUCAGAAAAGAGAACGCAAGAAGCCUCCAUAUAGAUACUCUUCUUGACAAGAGGGGAAGAACAGAGGGGUGGACAUGGAAGCGAGCUCUUCUUUGGCUUCGUGCAGUUCUCGUUUCCUUUUGAAGGAAAAGACUCCCAAGUGCAGCUACCGUGCAAUCGAGACCCUCUGCACCACUUGCCUGUGCUGCGUCUCCUGCCCACUGGCCAUCGUGUGCGGCUUCAUCAAGGCCCCGUGCAAGAUCGGAAAGUGUGCUGCAAAGAAGGUGAGGGCCAGGGCAUGCUGUGGUUCCAAGAGGAUCUAUGCGGGGUAUUCAUCUUUCUCGGAUAUCGACUCUGAUAGUUUAUCUGCAAGGUUGCAUAGCCGCUCAAAGAAUUCCUGUCAUCCGAAGAGCAAACAGGAGCAUAGCCGGGCCCGGGAUAGUGGAACGAGGAAGGAUCGAUGCUACUUUUGAAGCCGCAUAAUAGUGAUUUUAGAUUUCUAAGCAUGCUUGUAUUAAGAAUUUGAUGUCCAAUCCUUUUGAAGGUAUUUCCAUUAUCGAGAUAUCUCUAUAUUUUUCGAGACUUUA